AGCUGAGUCUCACAUGCACACAGGCUGUACCAGCACCUCUCUCCCCUCCAGAAUACUUUGCUAGCCCAGUGAAUCCUGGGAACAAGUGGUUGAGUAAGCCUGGAUGCAGGAACUAUGUUUCAAUAAAGAAAACCAGCUCAUCCCUUCUAUUAAACCCACAUCUAAGUUUCUGGUCUUUGGAUUCGGUGCCUUCAGUUUUGUAACCUACUGUGCAGCUUUUACUUCUUGGGAUUAUAAUCAUUUAUCACAGAGAACCAACAAGCUCUGAGGACCCAUAAAAAGUUACAAACUGGUACAGUGUUUAAAUCACUGUCAACUGUUUGCACUGAUAUAGGAGGCAGCACCAGCUGUGGAGAAUUCCUGUUGCUAGAAGGUGGGAUGACUGCAGAGAACCAACAGUCUCCUACUAGGGCCACUGCUGCUGGUGCUAGUUUGCAACAGGCCAGUGGUUUAACCAUGCCUGUGGUAAAAGUAGAGAAGGAUCCAGCCCCUGAAGCAAGCAUGUCCAAUGGUGGGUCUGAGGGAGAGGACACCCCUAAGGGAAGGAGAAGAAAGAGACCCCUCCAGAAAGGAAAGCCUCCAUAUAGCUACAUUGCUCUUAUAGCUAUGGCCAUUGCUAACUCCACAGACCGUAAGCUGACAUUAGGCGGAAUCUACAAGUUUAUUACUGAGAGGUUCCCUUUUUACAGGGACAACUCCAAAAAGUGGCAGAAUUCAAUUAGACACAAUCUUACACUAAAUGACUGCUUCAUUAAGAUCCCCAGAGAGCCAGGCAGGCCGGGUAAAGGAAACUACUGGGCUCUAGACCCCAAUGCUGAAGAUAUGUUUGACAGUGGCAGUUUCUUGAGAAGAAGGAAGAGGUUCAAGAGAACUGACUUAACCACUUAUCCAGCCUACAUACAUGACACCAGUAUGUUUUCACCCCUGCAGGUUGCAAGAGCAACUUAUCCCAACACAGUGUAUCCAAAUAUGACAAUGAGUCCCAGCUACAGUCAGCAGAUAGCCCCACACUCCUCAGUGUACUAUCCAUCAUCUUCUCCUGCCUUCAGCUCUGCCCAGCCCAGGGUGUUUAGCAUCAACACCCUUAUAGGGCACAGUGGGUCUGAACAUGCACAGCAACCCAACCGAUCCAUCAGCCCUGAAGUCAAUUCAACUUCUUCCAGCUCCUGCAACUAUGGAGGGUCCACUUAUAGUAGCCAAGCUGGUAGUGGCACCAUGCUGCCCAGGUCUACCAACCCUUACUCCUACUCAGUGCCUAAUAGUCACUUGCAGAUGAACCAGAGCUCUUACCCACAUAGUAAUGCUCAAUUGUUUGGCAGUGCGAGCCGGCUGCCCAUGCCAACAUCUCCUCCAAUGAACAGUGAUGCUGUGGACUUCUAUGGUAGAAUGUCACCUGGGCAGUAUACCUCCUUGACUACCUAUAAUAGCAAUGGGCAGUUGGGUGGCACCAAUGCUUACCUGCGCCAUGCCACAUAUUCUGGGAACAUGGAAAGGUUUGUGCCUGCUGUUUGAUGCAGGGUUAAAUGCUUGAAUUUGAACUGCAAGGGUUAUUAACACACCAUGUUAAUUUUAAUUAGCAUGUAUCAGCAGGAUUUCCAUCAUUCUGCCAAAUAAGGCAUAUUCUUUACUGUGUAAUGAGAAUGAUAAAGCCAGUACAAGAGAACAGGGCAGUCUGGCAAGUGAAGUCACAGUGACCAUGGUCUGCUGAUUACACCCUUAGCUGGGCAGCCAUGUAAAGGCAAAUUACCAUUCUCUUACAGUCAUAUUGAUUAAUUAGCCUUUAUUUUUCCCUAUGGGAUGACAAAUGAAAUAUUUUUGUACUAUGCAGUAAUUAUGUAUUAUAUAUUUUAACAGCUUUAAUAACAAAGUCUAACUUUUUCAUGCCCCUUAUGAGUCUUUUUUAUACGAUAUUCAUAUGAGUAUGAUAAGUGAAUAUGUCUUAUUGAUGUUGAUAUAAAACCAAAAAAAAA